ACCCUCCGCUUCGUCCUCCACUCCUCCCUUCCCCAGUUCAGAUCUACUCCACUGCCACCUCCUCCCUCCCGUGCCGCCUCCCAUGGCGUCUCCCACCGGAAACCCUAACCCUAACCCCAAUCCACCAUUCGAGCUGGGGAAGCUCUUCAGGCCACCGAACCCCAUGCCCACCGCCACCGCCGCGCCCAUCUUCCCCGGUGCCGCCGGAGGCCCCGCGGGCCCGCCGCCGCCGUCCGGUCCCUACUCCUACCCUCCGGUGACCCCGCCCUUCCACCGGGGACCCUACCUGCACUAUCCGCAGGACCCCCACGCCAUGCCCCGCCCCGUCGUCUCCUUCCCCAUGCCAAACCCAAACCUCAACCCCAACCCGAGCGCUAACCCCAACGCCGCUGUCCCGGGCCCCAACCCCGGCGUGCGCCUCAUGCAGCUGCUCGGAAACUCCGGGCCGACUCAACUCGAGACCGCCGUCUCCAUGCCCCCGCCGACGUCGGAGUUCGCGCAGCCGCAGCCUCUACCGGCGAUGCCGUCCGCGGCGCCGGCGAGGAUGCUGAGCAGCACCAGCAGUAAGGUGCCCAGGGGACGGUUGCUUGGCGGCGGGGAACGAGCGGUGCACGAUAUUGACUCGAGGCUGCCUGGGGAGGCGCAUCCACCACAGCUGGAGGUGACACCGAUCACCAAAUACACGUCGGAUCCGGGGCUCGUGCUGGGCAGGCAGAUCGCGGUGAACCGAACGUACAUCGUGUAUGGGCUCAAGCUCGGGAACAUCCGUGUGCUGAACAUCAACACCGCCCUCCGCUCACUCCUCCGAGGCCACACACAGAGGGUGACGGACAUGGCUUUCUUUGCUGAGGAUGUCCAUCGUUUGGCAAGCGCGAGCGUAGAUGGGCGGAUAUAUGUGUGGAGGAUUGAUGAGGGGCCUGAUGAGGAAAAUAAACCACAAAUUACUGGAAAGAUUGAAAUUGCCAUCCAAAUUGUAGGCGACGUUGAAGCUUACCAUCCCAGGAUAUGUUGGCACUCACAUAAGCAAGAGAUUCUGUUUGUUGGAAUUGGGAACUGUGUGUUGAGAAUAGACACAACUAAAGUAGGAAGAGGAAGAGACUUUGCUGUGGAAGAACCUGUUAAAUGUCAUCUUGAGAAACUUAUUGAUGGUGUUCGCUUAGUUGGUAAGCAUGACGGUGAUGUGACGGAUUUGUCCAUCUCUCAGUGGAUGAGUACCCGCUUGGCCUCAGGGUCAAAGGAUGGCACGGUAAAGAUCUGGGAUGAUCGCAAACCAGUUCCUUUGUCCAUUCUGAAGCCACAUGAUGGUCAAGCUGUUUACUCAGUUGCUUUUCUUACAGCACCUGAGCGGCCAAAUCAUAUAAAUCUAAUUACAGCGGGUCCUCUGAACCGAGAAAUUAAAAUUUGGGCUUCUACUAAUGAAGAUGGUUGGUUGUUGCCAAGUGAUUCUGAGAGUUGGAACUGUACCCAGACCUUGGAACUUGUUAGUUCUCUGGAGCCUAGAGUGGAGGAGGCAUUUUUCAACCAGGUUGCAGUACUGCCUCAAGCGAGCCUGAUUUUGCUUGCAAAUGCUAAAAAGAAUGCUAUUUAUGCUGUCCAUGUUGAGUAUGGCCCAGAUCCUGCCUCUACUCGCUUGGACUAUAUAGCAGAUUUCACCGUUGCAAUGCCUAUUUUAAGCCUCACUGGGACACAUGAAGGCCAAUCUGAUGGUGAACAAGUUGUUCAAGUCUAUUGUGUCCAAACAAUGGCCAUUCAACAAUACGGAUUAGAGUUAUCACUCUGUUCGCCUCCUACAGCUGAUACUACUGGGUUUGGAAGAGAUCCAGCUAUUUCCCGUGUUUAUGAGGCACCUCCGGAAGUGGCAGGAACAGAGUUGUCUACAACAACUAGUAAACCACCGGCUGUUGACCAGUCUGCAGGUAAUGCAGCUACAUAUUCUCCUAUAGUUGCUUCAGUUAAUUCAGAAGUAGUUAUUUCUUGUUAUUUAUCUGCAGAGUUUGAUCCGAAACCAUCAGCUUCGCCGCUUGCAUACUCAGAAGGUGAUGGUUCUGUGCAUCUCCCAUCUGCACCUCUUGCAUCAAAGAUGGAGGUUCCUGUAUCGGGAGCAGCACCUGGAACUCGUGAUAUGGAUCAAUCAGCUUUUGACUAUACAACAAACAGGAACAUGGAGCGUGAUGCUUUGAAAAGGCAAGAUACACCCAUGCCCAUGAGAAAGGAUAUCUUAGGAAAGGAUGAGCUAAGAGAUGGUCACGGUGAUGUUGCAAUGCUUCCAAAUCCCCGUUUGAUGUUUCAGGUUGGAGGGAAUGCUACACACUUGGUUACUCCAUCUGAAAUUAUAUCGGGCACUCUCUCAUCUACUGAAAACAAUGAUGUCUCUAAAUCCGAUGGAGGAAAAAUUCAAGAUGUUUCCAGUAGAAGCUCUCGGAUUGCAGAAGUGGAACCAAAACAAAUUGAUGAGAGUAAGCCAGAUCAAAAUUCAGGACUUGAAACUGUGAAGGAAACUCAGAUUGUUUGCGAGAAUAUGGAGAAAACUCGUUCCUUGGAGCAAACUGUUGAAAUGAUCAGUGAGCGCUCAGUGACAACUGACAAGUACAGUGUGGAAGAAUCAGAGUUACCAUCUGAUAAGCCAACGUUGGACCAUACUGGUGUUGCUGAUGAAAAUGUCAUUAAAAAGUCUGUGGAAAUGCCUGAGAAAAGUGAUUACUCUGCUGCUUCCAGGGAGCAAUCAUCUUCGUAUACGAAGGAGGAGAAAGUUUUACACCCUCAAACAUCUGGUCAGCCAUCUCCUCCUGUUAGUGCUUUCAACUCAACUGAGUCACAUGAGCCUUUGAGUUCCGCAUAUCCUCCUAUCAGCUCCUUCCCAGAAGUUGCUGCCACACAAGGGAUGCUGCAACAGCUCAUAGGGAUGCAGAAGGACAUGGAAAAGCAGUUGAGUACUAUGAUUCCUGCCUCAGUGGCAAAGGAAAGCAAAAAACUCGAGACGUCAUUAGGGCGCAGCAUGGAGAAAUCUAUCAAGGCUCACAUUGAUGCCAUUUGGUUUCGUCUCCAGGAGGAAAACACUAAGCGUGAAAAGGCUGACACAGAGCGAAUGCAGCAAUUGGUUACUCUCAUUACAAACUCGAUAAAUAAGGACAUUCCUGCUAAUCUGGAGAAGUCACUUAAGAAAGAAAUCUCAUCACUUGGGCCUGUUGUUGCUCGAGCAAUUUCACCUAUUAUUGAGAAGUGCCUAGCCUCUGCGGUUUCUGAUUCAGUUCAGAAAGGGGUGGGUGACAAGGUGUGCAAUCAGCUGGAUAAAUCUAUUAGUGGAAAACUUGAAGCUACACUUGCCAGGCAAAUCCAAAUGCAGUUCCAUACAUCUGUAAAACAGGCUCUUCAGGAUGCUUUGCGCACUAGCUUUGAAUCAUUGCUGGUUCCAGCAUUUGAACAAUCAUGCAAGACAAUGUUUGAGCAAGUAGAUGGUGCAUUUCAGAAAGGAAUGUCUGAGCACACAGUUGCUAUUCAGCAGCAAGUUGAGGCAGCACAUACCCCAUUAGCGUUAACAUUAAAGGAGACCAUCAAUUCUGCAUCAUCAAUCACCCAGAGUUUUUCAUCGGAGUUACUUGAUGGCCAGCGCAAGCUAUUGGCACUUGUUGCUUCUGGGAACACCAAGGCACAUAAUACCAAUUCUUUGCAACCCAUUAAUGGUCCUUUGAGUGGCCCCCAAGAGGUUGAGGCUCCGUUAGAUCCGAUGAAAGAGCUGGGCAGACUGAUAUCUGAACGCAAGUUUGAUGAGGCAUUUACAAUGGCCCUACAAAGGAGUGAUGUUUCCAUAGUGUCGUGGCUAUGCUCUCAGGUUGAUUUGCGUGCAUUAUUGGCAAUGGUCCCAGUCCCACUUAAUCAGGGGGUUCUCCUGGCCCUCUUGCAGCAGCUAGCAGUUGACAUAAACAAUGAGACAUCUCGAAAAGUUCAAUGGAUGACAGAUGUUGCCAUGGCAAUAAAUCCAGCAGACCCGAUGAUUGCCGUGCAUGUGCGGCCCAUCUUUGAGCAAGUCUACAGCCAGUUGGCCCACCAGCGGGCACUCCCCACCACGAGCGCAUCGGAUGGCACCAGCAUCCGUGUGAUAAUGCAUGUAAUUAACUCGGUUCUGCUUAGCUAUAAGUGAUACUACCAUUGGUGGCUGUACAACCGUGGGAAAUAGGCCUAUCUAUCUUUGUAUAGAGAAAUUUUGAAACGGAAAGGGAACCCACAGCCCAAGGGUUGCUGCUGUGACAAUGUGGCCGAGGGCACUUGCAAGACGUUGGAGGCGUUCUCCCCGGGUGUAAACUAGGCUUGAGUCACUCUUGGAAUUGCAUUAUUGUAGUAUUUCGGUGUCCUCGAAUUGUCUAGAUCAUGUUCCUUCGUCAUGUGGUCAGUCGUUGUCCCUGUAUCUAGGACGAUUUGAAGCCCGUAGCUGGGUGCUUGUGGUGGUUGAUUCCCACAAAAUUUUGGAAGUUAAUGGAGAAUUGUUUGAUGCAGCUAGUUCUGUUUA